GCGCCCCCGGCCCCGGCCGGCGGCCCCCGGCCCCGGGGCGCGGCGCGGCGCGGGUGGCAGCAUGGUGGAGAAGCGCUGCCCGCUGCAGAGGGACGGCGUGUACCGCUGGUUCUCGGAGCUGCCGUCGCCGCAGCGCGUGGAGUUCCUGUGCGGCCUGCUGGACCUGUGCAUCCCGCUCGAGCUGCGCUUCCUCGGCUCGUGCCUCGAGGACCUGGCCCGCAAGGACUACCACUCGCUGCGCGACUCGGAGAUCAAGGCCAACAACCCGGCCGACCUGGGCAGCCUCACCAACCUGACGGACGAGGUGGUGCGCAGCAAGCUCCUGGUGUCGCUGGCGCUGCUGGGCUCGGAGCAGCGCGAGGCGGCGGGCGUGCUGUACCGCACGCUCACGCACAUCGACUCCAUCAUCCACAACUACGGGCUGCAGCUCAACGAGGGCCGCACGGGCGAUGAGUUCCUGCUGCUCUUCACCAUGGCCUCCAACCACCCGGCCUUCAGCUUCCACCAGAAGCAGGUGCUGCGCCAGGAGCUCACGCAGAUCCAGAGCAGCCUGAGCGGCGGCGGCGGCGGCGGGGGCCACGGCGGCAAGAGCGCGCUGCCCACCUGCCCGGCCUGCCACAAGGUAACUCCAAGAACCGAGGCUCCCGUCAGCAGCGUGAGUAAUAGUUUGGAGAACGCACUACACACAUCAGCACAUUCCACGGAGGAGUCGCUGCCCAAGAGGACUGUGGGGAAACACUCCAAAGUGAGUGUUGAAAAGAUAGACCUGAAGGGAUUGUCACACACAAAAAAUGAAAGAAAUGUUGAAUGUUCCUUUGAGGUCUUGUGGUCUGAUUCUUCAGUAACAUCAGUAACCAAAUCUUCCUCUGAAGUGACUGAAUUUAUGUCAAAGUUACCUCAGCUGUACCCUGAAGAAAAUCUGGAGAAAUUCAUUCCUUGCUUGGCUGGCCCAGAUUCCUUUUACGUAGAGCGAAGCCACAUGGAUCUGGAAGCGGACCUGAGGUAUUUGACUUCAUUACCUUCUCAUGUAUUGAAAAAUGACCACAUUAAGAAAUUUUUCAGCACUUCAUCUCCCACCCAACAGCUUCAAAGUCCAAGUCCUGGCACCCCUUCCCUUUCCAAAGUGGGCACCGUGAUGGGCGUGUCUGGAAGGCCCGUGUGUGGCGUGGCCGGCAUCCCCUCCUCUCAGAGCGGCGCCCAGCACCACAUGCAGCACUCAGCCACCGCGGCCGCCUUGCCCCACUGCUCCCACGCGGGGGGUGCCGGCUCAGCCCUGGCCUACCGGGCCCAGAUGGACACGUCGCCUGCCAUCCUGAUGCCCUCCAGUCUGCAGACCCCUCAGACCCAGGAGCAGAAUGGGAUCUUAGACUGGCUUAGGAAACUGCGCUUGCACAAGUAUUACCCCGUCUUCAAACAGCUCACGAUGGAGAAGUUUCUGAGCCUUACUGAGGAAGAUCUAAAUAAAUUUGAAUCCCUCACCAUGGGAGCAAAGAAAAAACUCAAGACUCAGCUAGAGCUGGAGAAGGAGAAGUCAGAGAAACGGUGCCUGAACCCUGCAGCUCCACCCCCGGUCACCGGCAGCGGAGUGGCUCGCGUCCCCCCGACCAGCCACGUGGGUCCCGUGCAGACCGUGCGAGGCGCCCACGCUGCAGCGCUGCGGGUGGAAGUGGAGCAGCCCCUUCACCAGACGGCCCGGGAAGGCAGCUCCUCCGAGUGCUCCAGCUCCUCGCCCAGCCCGAUGGGGGUGCAGGCCCGGGAAGAGAGCUCGGACAGCGCCGAGGAGAACGACAGACGUGUGGAGAUUCACUUGGAGGGCUCGGACAAGGAGAAGCCCGUCAUGCUCCUGAACCACUUCGCUUCAAGCUCUGCCAGGCCCACGGCCCAGGUUCUCCCCGUGCAGAACGAGGCGGGCUCCAGUCCAUCGGGCCACCACGCCCUGCCCCCCCAGAUGAUGGCUGCGGCCUCACACCUGGCGCCCAUCCGGAUGCUGAAUUCCGUGCACAAGUCGGAGAGGGGGGGCGCGGACAUGAAGCUCCUCCCGCCUUCCGUGCACUCGCUGCUGUCUCUCGAAGAACGGAGUAAGCUCUCGGGACCAAGAGGCGGCAUCAAAGUGGACAAGAACUUCGGCCACGCUGUGAUCGACGCGGCCCCCACGCCCGGCCCCCAGCAGCCCCUGCAGGUCCUCUCCGCGCUUGCCGAGAGCAACGCCGUGUCACCCACCGUCUCCUUUGGUCCCCGCGCCAAAGUCGUGCACACGUCCGCGCUGGACAGAGUCCUGAAGCCGGCCCCGCAGCCCGCCCCGGGCGGGGAGACCAGCACCGCUGCUGCGGGCACGUCCAGCACCGUCUUCCACGUGGCUCGGCCCCCCAUCAAACUCCUGGUGUCUUCAUCCGUCCCCGCGGAUUCUGCCAUUUCCGGGCAAACUCCCUGUUCUAAUAACGUGCAAAUAAGCGUGCCCCCUGCAAUAAUAAACCCCCGGACUGCCCUGUACACCGCCAACACCAAAGCUGCCUUCUCUGCGAUGAGCAGUGUGCCCGUGGGGCCCCUGCAGGGCGGCUUCUGUGCGAACAGCAACACUGCCUCCUCCAGCAGCCACCCCUCCACGUCCUUCGCCAGCAUGGCUACCGUGCCCAGCUGCCCGGCCCCCAGCUCCAGCCCCGCGCUCUCCUCGGCCCCCGAAAGCAGUUUCUACAGCGGCGGCGGCGGCUCCGGCUCCCCCGGGAACAUUCCCGCCUCCGCCCAGAACCACCACCACCACCACCACCAUCAGCAGCAGUCGGCGCCCCAGCAGCCCGCGCCCGCGCCACCCCCGGGCUGCGUCGUGUGCACUUCGUGCGGGUGCAGCGGCAGCUGUGGCUCCAGCGGCCUGACCGUCAGCUACGCCAACUACUUCCAGCACCCGUUCUCGGGGCCGUCCGUCUUCCCCUUCCCCUUCCUGCCCUUCAGCCCCGUGUGCGGCAGCGGCUACGUGGGCGCCCAGCAGUACGGCGGCGGCGCCUUCCCCGUGGUGCACUCGCCCUAUGGCGGCGGCGUGCCCCCCGAGCCCGUGCUGGGCGGCCAGUCGGCCUUCGCCGUGCCGCCCGUGCAGAGCUUCAUGGCGGGCGCGGCGGGCGUGUACCAGGCGCCGGGGCUGGUGGGCGGCGGCGGCGGCGGCGGUGGUGGCGGCGGCCCGGGCCAUAAGAAGAGUGGCAACUUGUCGUGUUACAACUGCGGGGCCACGGGGCACCGCGCUCAGGACUGCAAGCAGCCGUCCAUGGACUUCAAUCGGCAAGGUACUUUUAGGUUGAAAUAUGCCCCUCCAGCAGAAAGUCUGGACUCCACAGACUGAUAUUUUCCUCUGGCAACAGAACACUAUUAAGCCAUGGAGACAUAAGGAAAUUAAAUACAAGACCGAGAAGUCUAGUUGCUGUUGAGCUUAAUAUUUUUAAUCCAAAGGUGCUUUACUUUACUAGACUGGAUAGAAAACCUAGUGUAGGAGUGCAUCAAACUCAGUUUUAUUGCCAAAAUCCUAGAUUGGAGCUUGACGUCAGGACUCGCCUGGUCGGCGCCUCCACCGUGGUCGCGAUGCAGAGACCUCCGUCUCCUGAGGAGCAUCGCCAUCCUCGGUCCUUCCAGGCUCACAUGUAAUUCCAGGGCAGCUACGCAAGAUCGGACUCGAGUACUGAGGGUCGGAGUUCCCUGCGUGGCGUUCCACCAGUCGGACUCUGGUCACCCCUGGGUGAGGGAAAAUGUCGCCUCUGUUUUGUUCUGUUUUUGUUUUGUUCUGUUCCUUGAGUGGUUAGACACUAAUCUCUCUGGGCUUUUUAAGGAUUGCACUACAGAAGAAUGUAAACUGAUGCCAGUCUCUGCGGUUUUGGGAGACAGACUCCCUGAGACCAGUCAGUGCAAGACACUCGGAGAAUCUGCGUUUAAGGAGUUGGCACCAGCAGGCCGCGUGACUUGGUACACGACAAAGAUGUCAGCGUCUCCUUCCCUCCUUAAAACACUUGCAGCAGUUUCAGGUUUUUCUUUUCCUUUUUUUUUUUUUUCUGCGAAUACAUUUAAACUACAUUAUUAAAUAGAAAUAGUUACUCGCAACAACUUAAUAUCUUAAGGGUCCAAGUCCCAGAGAAUCCCUAGUUGUCAGAGCUUUGAGAAUCCUUCCUCCCCAGCCCGUCAGUAGCGUGGAGUCUUGGUUGUCUCCCACCGCGACGGAGCUCUCGCAGGGACAUGGUAACCGCCCGGCCUUCGUGGGCUGGCUCCGAGGGACGCUACGACACCCUUAGCAAAGUUGGCAAGUUCUUUUAUGUCACACGGAUCUCCCGAGGCCCCCAAGGCUGACUGCUAACGGAUUCACACUGGAGACAGACAUUUCAACAAUGAUACAGUCCUGUAACUUAGGAGCAAAAGAUUCGAAACGUUCUCCUGUCCACUUCUUUUGUAUUAGGCUGUGUAUUAAUGGUUAGUUCCGUGAGAAGUUACCUGGAAAACUACAAUAGAAAGUGGUAAGACUCUGAAAGAGGCCGCACCAACAGGACAGAGCCACAGGAUCUGCACAAGUGUGGUUUUAUCCAACGUGGGAAAGAAAUCCUCCCCACCCAGCUCUCGGUGUCACCCCAUUGCAAUGAAAGUUGCUUGGUCUGAAAUGUAGGGACUUAAAUCUUCAAAGCUAAAGGGAGUUUUCUGCUCAAAUAACAAUAUUACUUUAAACACUAAAGCCUUCCAUAUUAAAAUACUGAUUGGUUAGGCCUUGCCCAGGGAUUUUGCAGUGGAGUAUGUAUUAAAAAAAAAAAAAAUCAUAAUACUCAGACCGUUCUUAAAAUGGGACAAUCAGCCUCAUGCCAAAUUGGUAUAAAUCAAAAGAAUACCCUAGAAUUUGAGGCACUGUGAUGUGAGGCUUCAAAUUCUAUGAUCCGUUUCCUGGCUGCAGAGAAACUAAAGCAGAGUGGUUACAUUUUUUAAUGAAAGGCUUUUAGUAGUUUUUUAGCGUUUUAUUUUAGUAGAGUUUCAUUUCUAUGCAAUGCAGAAUGGACAGACCUCUGUACGCGUCUCUCUUCCCAGUGCACAGUAUUACGUACGGUUUUGAAGCAAUGGUGAUGCUUACGGCAACUUUUUUGGGGGAAUGUGACAUUGAUCUCUUAAUUGUAAACACUACAAAAUGUCAAAAUAACGAGAACUGACACAACUUUGCCUUAAAGAGUACGAGCCUGGAACUUGUCAUAUGAUGUUAGAGGAAGACUUGGGAGUGUCCACUGAUGUUUACGAUUUUAAUAUUUCCGAAGGCCGUUAUGGUGGCCUGGACAUGUGCUGAAAGCCAAACUUUUAAAUUUUUUGGUUUUUUAAAAAAAAAAAAAAGAAAUAUU